AUGUCAAGUAUAAUCAAAAAAGUUUUAAUAAUCAUUGUAAUUUUAGAAUUCAUAGCAGGAAUUCAGGGAAAUGGACUCAUUGUACUAAAUCUCUCCUUGUUUGACUUCAUCUUUGCAUGCUUGGCCAUCUCUAGGAUUGGCAUGAUAUUCCUACUUCUCCUAGAUAGCAUUAGAGUAGUGUUGUAUCAAGAAAUACUAGAAAGUCAACACAUAAUAGCAGUAAUAUUUGAUUUCUUCUGUAAUCUGAGCAACUCCUUAAGUACUUGGUGUGCUACCUGCCUCGUCAUCUUCUACUUCCUCAAGCUAUCUAAUUUUUCCCACCCCUUCUUUCUCUGGCUGAGGUGGAGACGCGAUAGAGUUGUUCUCACCAUUCUGUUGGGGUUCUUUCUCUCUUUGUUUUUUAAUCUUCUGAGCAUAAACUUUGACACUUUUGAGGUCAGUGACCAUUUAGAAACAGAAAGGAACUUGACUUGGAAGAAACAUACACAUAAAAAUCAAUUAGACAGUGUAACGACUUUUAUUAUUAUUGAGAAUGUAGCAUUUCUCUAUCCUUCAAUUCACCCUUUUAUUUUGAUUCUGGGGAACCAGAAAUUGAGACAGACUUCUGCGAGUCUGCUAAGGCAAAUUGAAUCCUGCCUCAAGGGAAUGUAA